AUGCCUAAGCAACCCCAGAAGAGCGGCUUCAGUGGUGGGUCUGGAAGUGGAUUCGGCAGUUCUUCUAUUAGAAGCUCGGCAGGUGGAUUUGGAGGAUCAUCAGCAAGCUUUGGAACCUUAGCCGGUGGAACCUUUGGAGGAACAGCCGGUGGAGCUUUCGGAGGUUCUGCUGGGGGAGGUUUUGGAGGGCCAGCUGGUGGAGCCUUCGGAGGUUCAGCUGAUGCAGGUUUCGGGGGAGCUGGCAGUGGAAGUUCCCUUAGCGGAAGCUACAGACCUUCAGGUCCCGUAGUCCCCAUCUUAGUAGAUGACCGUCAGGGACCUGAUGAGUAUGGAAACUACAAUUUCAACUUUGAAACUGGUGAUGGCAUCAGUCGUCAGGAGCAAGGCGCCCCUCAGGGUCCAACUGGUGCUGUGGCAGCUCAGGGAGGAUGGACAUUUACUUUCCCCGAUGGAACUCCCGCUGUUUUCAAGUUCGUAGCAGAUGAAGGUGGUUACCGCGUGGAAUCUGACCUGGUGCCCACGCCCCAUCCUCUUCCCGCCCACGCUAUCGCCCAGAUCGAGAAGGCUCGUCAGGAAGACGCUGCUGCAGCUGCUGCAGGUGUACGUGGAUCAUACAGCGCUGCUUCAGAUUCUUCUUCUCAGUUUACUGGAGUACCUGCUGGAGGCCUCGGUAGUUCACCUGCUGGAGGUUUCGGUGGUUCAACUGGUGGAGGGUUCGGUGCUUCACCUGUUGGUGGCUUCAGUGGUUCACCUGCUGGUGGCUUCGGUAGUUUACCUGCUGGUGGCUUCGGUAGUUCGAGCCGUGGAUCCACUAUCGUGGCUCCCAGUAGGACUUACGGUGCGCCAUGAUCAUACUGUACCAAAGACGCCAUAAUCUUCACUCAUUUUCACUGGAUAUUCAUUACUUAAUUGAUACCACUGUGAUUACUGUUGCCGUUAUUAUUUCUUAGCCCUACUAUUGUUAAUUUAGCAACACUUCAUCUUUGCACUUUGUCAUAUGAUGUUGCGUAGACUAUGUGCUUAUUACUUUUACUCUGAUUUAUUUAAUAAAAACAAUUGG